AUGGUGCUCGUUACUCAACUUCUGUCGGGCUUUGCCCUGGUUUCAGGCAUCCUCGCAUCACCCAUCGAGCGCCGUUCUGUUAUUAACCACGAUGCUGUCGUUGGGUUUCCACAAACUGUUCCAUCCAAUACAGCUGGGUCACUCUAUCUGAAGUACAAGCCUUACCUCAAGGUCUUCAACGGAUGCGUGCCCUUCCCUGCCGUUGAUAGCAACGGAAACACUGGGUAUGUUAAGUUUAUAUAUCCUCGAACUGGAGCUGACCUGGUUGUUAGAGGAGGCCUAGCCACAAGUGGCUCAUCUAAUGGAGGUUGCAGUAGCAGUACGGGCCAGGUCUACGUACGAGGCGGGACUUCCAAUGGCCGCUACGGUAUUAUGUAUUCUUGGUAUAUGCCAAAGGAUUCACCCUCUCCCGGACUAGGGCAUCGCCACGACUGGGAAAACGCCGUGAUAUGGUUGUCUGGUGAAAGCACAAGUGCUACAGUUGUUGGCAUGGCAGUUUCUCAACACGGAGGAUAUGACAAGAGAACAUCUGGUACGUUCUCCGGAAACAGUCCUUUAGUGGGAUAUACUGCCAUCUGGCCUACCAAUCACCAAAUGAUCUUUACCAACGAAAAAGGUGGCCAGCAGCCGCUGGUUGCCUGGGAGAGCUUGACCGCUGCGGCUCGUACAGCUUUGACAAACACUGACUUCGGCAGUGCCAAUGUCCCAUUCAAGGACGGAAGCUUCGAGUCAAAUUUGGACAAGGCAGCCGUCUAA